AUGCCCCAACAAUGGACGGAUCCCUAUGGAGGGUUGAUCGCUGUACCAUCCGCCAUGGAAGGUUUGGGCCAUGUGCUGAUUGAGCAGUCAUACCAUCUGGCUUGUUCGACGUUCGAUGAGCCCCAGCUAUGCAUUUUGGCCAUCACCGUCCUGUGCACGCUGUCGCGCCGGUUCCCAGUUGGAAUUGGCUUGCUGAUUAAGUUGUCGCAGACCAGCGAUCUCGCCAGGGCCAGAGUGGCGUCUUGUUGCAUCGCAAAUCAGGUGCCUUGUGAGGUGAACAUCGACAGCGACUUUGUCUCAGUGUUACUUGAAGACAUUCGAUUGCUCAUAAGGCGCCGCCACAACAAUUUUGCUUCCCUGCUUGUUGAGGCUCUACCUGCUUUGGCACCCUUGGUCUGUACUAAAACUGGAUGUCCUCAGCAAUCGUUCGAGUUGGUGUAUCUUUAUGCGGAGCACAUUGCCGAAAAGGGAGACCACUGGAAGGUGAUCAGCAUCCCUGAGAUCUUUUCUGAUGUGUGGCAGAGACAGUUAGAAGACGUCUCUUUGAAGAAAUACGCUCGUCCCAUUUACUUGUGCAUUGCCAAAUCAUUGGAGGCAACUGGUGACUUGUCAAAAGCACGGGAAAUCUUUGCCUCUUGCGGUGUUCCUGAUCUCCAAGACUUGGACGCCUGUAUUCAGGGUAGGAUGAUGUAUGCAUCCAUAGAGGCUUCAUUGCCCCUCAAGGAUAUUACAGACCUGGAUGCAAGGAUGGUGGAAGGCGGAAAUGUUGCUAUUUUCUUUCACCAGAAGCGCGGUGACAAGGACGGGCUGCGCGGGUACCACGUACAGAUGAAUAUGAUAGAUUCUGGUACAGGUGAACUUGUCAAUAUACCGCUUCCAGAUCAGUCAGCAAGGCGUUGGAAGGCCGUGCGAGUGGUCCCUGAUGCCCCAUCUUCAGCGCUUCGUGUGUUGGUAUCAUCAGCAAACUGUACUGAUGGCGAAGAUGAUGGAAUUGAUUUGAUGUCUUUCAUGAUAGAAGAUAUGAUGCCUAAGAAAGGUGCACUCACUGAAAAAGUAGAAUUGUGGGAAUUCAGAGGCAACCGUUGGUUUCAGAUUAAGACACGAGGCUGCAUCCCUGACAGCCAGGUUGUCACUCGCGUUGGCAGUGCUUGCGCCGUCCUUGGCCCUUUCUUGGUCGUAUUUGGAGGUGCCGAUAUGAUGACUACACGGAAUAGGGGGGCACGGACCAUGGGCGAGUCUUCUGCUGCUGCUUACCUACUUGAUACACGCUCAAGAGAAUGGUUUCGAGUUGCCCACCCUUACAAACACAGCUGGUUUACUGGUCCUUGCCCGCCGGAUCACAUCUGUGUCAGUCUCCCUGUGUUUCAAGCUGUCUGGGAUGUCGAGGUGAACGGGGAGCCCAUGAUUGCUAUGCUACGAAAGGGCAGGGAUGAAGUGAACGAAAAGCGGAGUGAGAAAGUUCCCAAGUAUGCCUUGGACCUCUUUCGACUAUUAAAAGUCGAUGGCAAGGAACGUCCCGAGGUGAUCUGGCACCUUACCGUGGCCGCUAAAGACAGGUGCGGGUACUUGGCAUCUCAAUUUCGAGCGCAGUGCCAUCAAUUCGGCAACACCAGUCUUGUUCUGGCACCAUCAGUAGGCUCAAUGAUCGAGAAAGUGGGCGCGGAUGGAAAGAGCACCAUUUCAUAUUUCGACAAAGGCGGUUCCCAUGGCAGUCCUACAUCCAUUUUAUUUAUUGAUGCUCUGGACAUGUCUCGUGCGGAAUGGCGCGGUGUCAAGAUCCACAAUGCAAAGCUUCUUCGUGGUGACAUCAACUACAAAACUCAGUACAAGCUUGUUCCCAGCAUGGAUCCCACCAUGUGUUAUGUUCUGGUUUCUUCUGGCACAAGCUACAAGCUAUGCCGUAUCUGCAACCUUGACUCCAUCAACGAGUGUUUCACGGAGUCGCUUACUGAUCGAAACCGCCAUUCCAGGAAGAAUACCGUUGGCUAUCAGUUGGAAAAGGCUCACAAGAACAGCUGUCGUCCCAUGCGUGAAUGUGCACUUUGCAGGGGUUUUGAGAGAGGCACAGACAAGUUCAAGUGUUGCUCUCGGUGCCGGGUUGUCUUCUAUUGUUCCCGACGAUGCCAGUUGCGUUCUUGGAAAGAGGAGCACAAGUCCGUGUGCACUCCAGUAGGUGGCGGUGAUCAGGAAGAAGCAGAGGAGCAGUACGAAGAGGUGGAUUGA